AUGAAUAUGUCUGGUCGUUGUGCUGCGUGCAAGUAUUUGAGAAGGAGAUGCCCUUCAGAUUGCAUACUCUCUCCCUAUUUUCCGUCCAAUGAUCCUCAAAGAUUUACUUCUGUUCAUAGAAUCUAUGGUGCCAGCAAUGUUGCCAAAAUGCUCCAGGAACUCCUGCCCCAUCUAAGAGUUGAAGCAGCAGAGACCUUGUGUUAUGAGGCUCAGUGUAGAAUACAGGAUCCUAUCUAUGGCUGCGUUGGGGUUAUUUCCCAAUUACAUCAACAAAUACAAGAUACAGAAUGUCAAUUAGCUAAAACACGCGCUGAAAUUGCCCUCAUGAUGAACUCUGAUGGACAAGAACCUCCUCAAGCUCAAGUUGAUCAGCAAAUUUAA